AUGAAAAAAUUUGUUGAUUCUACUGAUGAAAUUUAAGAAAAAUAUAAGCUUCUUAGAUUAGUCCUUAUUUUAGAGAAAUAAUCAAUCAAAACUCCAUUUAAUAUUCUCAGAAUCUACACUAAUAUAAAAUGGAGAUUUAAUUAGACUACAGAUUUUGAUUAUCAACCAAAUAAAAUAAAUGAAAUACGUCGUAGUCAACAUUGUUAAUCGUAAUUUAUUUUUUAUUAUUUUAAGUUCUCCCAAUAUGUUUAAAAGGAGUCUUAAAUAUGCUGUUUAAGAAGCCUAAAUUAAAAAUUAUACAGAAAGAGUUCACAAUUCAGAAUUAGAAGUAUGUAAAACCUCAUCUGCCUUAAAAGAGUUAGUUUAAUUGGCAAGAGAGAAUAGUAUAAAACGAAAUUCAUAAAAGAAACAUGAAAAUCUAACUAAAGAUGUUUAUUAGAACAUUUACGAGUUUGGUCUUCUUUUUAUUUUUAUUGGAUUUAUUGGAUCGAUGUACUUUGUCAUCAAUUAAUAAAUCUAAAGUUAAUGA